AUGGCGUGGGAGGAUCCUUCAGCAAAGGAAUCUGGAGUGCUCGGCCCGCGAUCUGAGAAAGGAACCAUCACUGAAUCUGCUGCAACUCCUGAGACUCCAAACUCAGCAAUCUCCAGAGAGGCCAGCACUCAGUCCUCAUCAACUACAACCAGCCAAGGCUAUGUUUUACCAGAAGGCAGAAUUAUGCCCAACACUGUUUUUGUUGGUGGAAUUGAUGUUAGGGUGGAUGAAAGCGAAAUUAGAAGUUUCUUUGCUAGAUAUGGUUCAGUUAAAGAAGUGAAGAUAAUCACGGAUAGAACUGGUAUAUCCAAAGGCUAUGGAUUUGUUUCAUUUUAUAAUGAUGUGGAUGUGCAGAAGAUAGUAGAAUCACAGAUCACUUUCCAUGGUAAAAAGCUAAAACUGGGCCCUGCAAUCAGGAAACAAAAUUUGUGUACUUAUCAUGUGCAGCCACGUCCUUUGGUGUUUAAUCCUCCUCCUCCACCACAGUUUCACAGUGUCUGGAGUAAUCCAAACACUGAAACUUAUAUGCAGCCUCCAACUAUGAUGAAUCCUAUAACUCAGUAUGUUCAGGCAUAUCCUCCUUAUCCAAGUUCACCAGUUCAAGUCAUCACUGGAUAUCAACUGCCAGUGUAUAAUUAUCAGAUACCACCACAGUGGCCCAUAGGGGAACAAAGGAGCUAUAUUAUACCUCCGGCUUACACAACUGUUAACUACCACUGUACUGAAGUUGAUCCAGGAGUUGAAGUUUUGCCAAGUGAAUGCUCAGUUCAUGAAGCUACUCCAUCCUCUGGCAAUGGCCCACAAAAGAAAUCGGUGGACCGAAGCAUACAGACGGUGGUAUCUUGUCUAUUUACUCCAGAGAGCCGACUGAGAAACUCUUUUCUUACCCAAGAUGACUACUUCAAAGAUAGAAGAAUGCAUCACUUUAGAAGAAGUCGGGCAAUGCUUAAAUCUGUUUGAUCCUCUCUGCUAACUUUCUAGUCUCAUGAGCAGUUGCUGGUUUUGAAGAAGAGGCUGAAAGUUUUUCUUUAUUAUAGAAAUUUCAUUCUGAAUUUGAUAAAUCACACCCCUACUUUAUGUACAAGUUAUACUAGAUUACCUAGCUUUAUUUUACAUUGAAACUGUUCUUCGUUAGAUGUUUUAUUAGAAACUAGUUCUGUGUUGAAUAUAUAGCUG